UUUUUAUGGACCAUUUGAAAAUUUUUUUUUCUGAAAGAAAGAUGUAUAAAAGAUCAAUCGAUAACCAAAAUUUGGUCCAAUCAUCUGACCAAACGAAAACAAUAUUUUGGUUAUUUUCAAAAACAAUGAAACGUUUUGGUGCUGGUGGUAACAAUGGAAAUAAUCGUGAUGAUGAUAAACGUAAAAAAUAUGGUCAACAACAACAAGAUUCUCUGUGGUCAUCAUCAUCAACAAGUUCCGGUGCAUCAAAAUCAACAUCAUCAUCGUCGUCAUCAUCGUUAAAAGAUCGUUAUAAUGAAGCAUUUCGUCGUUCGAAUGAUAAACCUUCUGGUCAUGAUUAUCAUGCCGAUGCUGAACGUCGUAUACGACAAGAACAACAAGAAAUCGAAAGAAAACGACUUGAUGAACAACGACAACAAAAAGAACGUGAACGUUUAUUUCGUAUGACUGAAGGUACCUGGAGUCAACAUAAAGGUCGUCAAUGGCGAUAAUUUUUAAUUUUAAUUAACCAAAGUUUUUAACCGAUUUAAACACUGAAUUUUUUUUCUAAAAUUUACCUGGAAAAAAAAGA